CAAAAUGUUCAUCCCUGCAGUGUAUACAUUAGGAAAACAUUAGUUUUCUGUCACCCACAUAUACCAUGUUAAAUCCAAUUUGAUAAAAUGCAAUUAGAUCCAAAUAAUGGGUAUAGCCGAAGGAAACUGAAUUUACCUGUUGUAGCCAAUGAACUUCAAGAUACAUUUUACUCAAACGGCAUAAAAAGAAAUGUUGUCCAUGUUCGGCUUAAUUCAACGGGUCUACUUUUGCAAAAGCGUACUGUGCCAGCGGGUAACUUUUCCAAAAAUCAUCAAGUAAAAAUUUCGGACAUAAUUGGUGGAAGAUGCGUUCGAUUGCAGAGAUCCGCUCGCUUCAAUUCAACAACUGGGUGUGUUUGUACUCCAAAUGCUGAAGAAAAUGAUACAUCUCAAGCGGAGGAUGCGUAUUUAUACGUGUUCGCUUACAUAUUAAAAAAGAAUUUGAGAAAUUGCAUUAGAAGAGAACGAACUAUUAUAACAUUACGAUUUCGGUCAUUUGACAGUCAUGAGGAUAACUUACGUGAAGCUGAAAUAUGGUACAAGACACUGAAAAUGCAUAGAAAUAAUUACUUGAUGCAAGAUAAUCCUGUGUCCUUUGCAAAUUUUCCUAUAAGGCGACUCUUAAUUCUUUUAAAUCCCAAAUCCGGAACAGGGAAUGCGAAAGAAUUAUUUCGUGAACAAGUUGUACCCGUGCUUAACGAAGCUGAAGUUUUAUACGACAUGUAUAUCACAAAGGACUCGAAAUAUGCGUUUGAAUUUAUCCAAAGCCGCGAUUUAUCUGCUUGGAGUGGUAUAGCGGCUGUUGGUGGAGAUGGCCUUUUUCAUGAAAUCCUCAAUGGUUUACUGAAACGUUCAGAUUGGAAAAAAGUUGUUGAAAAUGUAUCGAUAGGAAUUGUGCCGUGUGGUUCAGGCAAUGGUCUUGCCCGUUCCAUAGCAUAUUGUUUUAAAAAGAAAGAUAUGGAAUUCACCAAGAAUUUGAAGCCGCUAUCAGGUCCUGCGGAUUGGCCUAUAUGGAAAAGGAAAGUAAGGGUUAUUCUAGACUUCUUUGAAGGCGCUUUAGAUGUUAUAGACAAGAAAGUUGAAGCACCACUUCCUUUGCAAGAUGGAGCUACCGAGUCUCAAAUUAAAGAACACAAGAAAAUAGAGCAAUUUUUCCGUAAAGCAAAUUGUUAUGCGAAGAGCAUUAUUACCAAAACGGUCACGGAUGAAGUAUAUCAGAAGAUUAUGGAUAAAGAGAAUGCCUACGAAGCAUGGAAUGCGUUAAAGAACAUUUAUGAAGCUACAUCAAAAGACCAAUUGUUUAAAAUAUGUUCAGACAUGUUUUCUUUUGGAUGGCAAGAUAAUCAAGAUGCUUCGACACAUAUUGCGAAACUAAGAGGUUUAUGGGAUGAAAUAAAUGCUGGAUUGAGAUCUAAAAGAGAAAAUAUAUUGCCAGAUAUGCUCUUGGUAUGCAAAAUCCUUCAUAUUCUUCCACCGUCUUAUGAAAUGUUCCGCUCUAGCUGGAUGAUGAUGACAAGAGAUAUAGACAAAUCCAUAGAUGAGCUAAUUUUACAAAUUUGUCUCUAUGAAAGAAAUUUUAGGAAAGAUUUCGAAGAUUCAGGUAACAAUCAAGAAGCUUUAAUGGUAAAAGCAAAGAAAAAUUUAAAGCAAAAAAAUGUUAAACAUUCCUCAAAGAAGGAAGACGUUUGUCAUUACUGCAAAAAGAAGGGGCAUUGGCUAAAAGAAUGCAGAAAAUGGAUUGAAGAUGGUAAACCAUCAAAGAAGUCGUUAGCGUCGUCGCCGUCUACAAAUAUUAAUGUUGCAUUAAAUAUUGAAAGUGAUACAGAUUGCACAUUUAAUUCCAGUGAAAUUUGGUGGAUUGACAAUGGAGCUACGAAACACGUAACAAAUUCAUAUGAGAUGUUUUCAGACUUCAACAAUUUCAAUGAGCCCCAAAUUAUAAAAGCAGCUGGAAAGGAAUCAAUAAAGGCUUAUGGUAAAGGAACUAUCGAAAUAAUUUCAUUUGUCAAAGGCAUGAAAUUAAAAAUGAAACUCGAGGAUGUUUGGUAUGUACCAGAUAUUUCAAGAAAUUUGUUUUCGGUACUUGCAGCACAAGAUAGAAAUCCAAAAAGCAGUUUUAAUUCAACAGUGAAGGAGUGUUGGUUGUCAGUGAAUAACCAAGUGGUACUGCAUGGAAGUCGUUCAAGGAAUGGAAGCCUUUAUAAAGCAUCAAUACGACCAAUAAUUCCAAAAGUUAAACAAAAUAUAUGCAUGGCAGUUUCAGAUAAUUCUAUGCUUCAACUUUUUCAUGAAAGAUGGGGACAUCAAGAUAUACGUCAUAUAAAAGAAAAGUUGGAACAUGAAUUUGGCAUACAAGUUAAGAUGAAACGAGAAAUUUGUGAGCCAUGUGCUUAUGGAAAAUCUACAAGAAUACCGUUUGGAAAUAGAGAAACAGCAACAUCGCGUGGAGAACUUAUUUCAGCCGAUAUUUGCUGUCCCUUCCAAAAAUCUUUUCAAGGGUACAAGUAUCUCAUAUUAUAUAAAGAUGAUUUUUCAAAAUACAGGUAUGGAUACAUACAGCGGUCAAAAAAAGUAUUCAUCAUUAGCAAAAUUGAUAAUAAAUUCACUUAUUUUGGGUAAUUGAAGAAAAUUUAAAGUAAACAAAUAAUGCAGUUUUAUGCAAUAGUUUAUUUUUCGUAAUAUGUUUUAAAAUAAAUUUAAUUAGCGCAAAAAAUGCAAUUUUAUAUAAUAACACCAAAAACAGAACAAAAAAAGUAUUCAUCAUUGAUGUGCUAUCAUCAAAGUCAAAUUCAAAUAUUAUUUGGGAAUCCCCCUUUUCUGUUUUAUUUAGUAAAGGAGGCUUUGCCCUUGACAGCAAAUAUUUAAUUUCAUUGAAAAUAUAGUUUUUGUCAAUAUGGCUCGUAAGCAAAACGAGGUUUCUGAUGAGGUAAAAGUUUUGAUAAUAAAACACCACAGGAAUGGUUUAACUCAAAAAACUAUCAGUGAAAUAUUAAAUAGACCACGAUCUACUAUACAAUCCAUCAU